AUGAAGCAGCAAAAGGCUAACUGGAAUCCCAGGAGGGACCGCGAUGAGGGCCGAAAAGGAGGGACGGGUUCGCCAGGAGGGGGGAGGGGGCGAGAGGGAUGCAGUCGGGCCGAAAAAUUAACAUUAAAAGAGGCAGAAAAAGGAAGAGAGCGCCUCGGACAGCGCGCGAACGGGGAACUGAAUUGGAGGGGUGGCGGGACCGAGGGGGGAGACCAAAGCCCGCCCCCGGGCCCUUCGCCCCGGGCUCCCGAGUCCGCGAAGCACACGGAGCCCCGGCGUUCGCACGCGGCGCCCGGGACGCGCGCGGGGGCGGGCGGCAGGGCGGGGCCAUCCGGGCACCACGCCCCCGCCCCCCGGGUGCCCGCGGGCUUCUCGGCGAUUCUGGGAUCCCUGAGGCGCGGAAGGCCGCCGCCGCCCGCGUCCGGGGCAGAGCCGCCGAGUCCUUCGCCCUCCGAGUCCCGGUGGCCCUUAAACUGGUUCCUGGGCUGGGGGUCGCGAGGAGACGGGGCUCUGGGCGCCGGGCACCCACUCUCGCCGCACACGUGCCCGCGCGAGGCCGAGGAGGCGGAGCGCUUUCCCGGGAGCGCGGUGAGCGGGCCGCGGUGCCCCACGGAGCCCCUUCCACACCCUGCCUGCGUCCUCUCUCAGCGUCUCUGGUCCUGUCCGUUCACCUUCCACUUGUGUGUUCUAAGCCCUAACACCUGGAGUGUCUCCUCGGCCUCGGCCAAGGUCCCCGCCCUGUAA